CAUGCGGGACUACGAGGAGGUGACCGCCUUCCUGGGCGAGUGGGGGCCCUUCCAGCGCCUCAUCUUCUUCCUGCUCAGCGCCAGCAUCAUCCCCAACGGCUUCAACGGGAUGUCAGUCGUGUUCCUGGCGGGGACCCCCGAGCACCGCUGCCGGGUUCCGGACGCCGCGAACCUGAGCAGCGCCUGGCGCAACCACAGCGUCCCGCUGCUGCUGCGCGACGGCCGCGAGGUGCCCGACAGCUGCAGCCGCUACCGGCUCGCCGCCGUCGCCAACUUCUCCGCGCUCGGGCUGGAGCCGGGCCGCGACGUGGACCUGGGGCAGCUGGAGCAGGAGAGCUGCCUGGAUGGCUGGGAGUUCAGCCAGGACGUCUUCCAGUCCACCAUCGUGACCGAGUGGAACCUGGUGUGUAAGGACGACUGGAAGACCCCGCUCAGCAUGUCCCUGUUUUUUGUGGGUGUGCUGUUGGGCUGCUUCAUUUCGGGGCAGCUCUCAGACAGGUUUGGUCGGAAGAACGUGCUGUUUGUGACCAUGGGGAUGCAGACUGGUUUCAGCUUACUGCAGGUCUUCUCAAAAAACUUCGAGAUGUUCACAGUACUCUUUGUCCUUGUCGGCAUGGGCCAGAUCUCCAACUACGUGGCAGCAUUUGUCCUGGGAACAGAAAUCCUUGGCAAGUCAGUUCGUAUUGUAUUCGCCACACUAGGAGUGUGCAUAUUUUUUGCAUUUGGCUUCAUGUUGCUGCCACUGAUAGCUUACUUCAUCAGAGACUGGCGGAUGCUGCUGCUGGCGCUGACUCUGCCCGGGGUGUUGUGCGUGGCGCUGUGGUGGUUCAUCCCAGAGUCCCCCCGGUGGCUCAUCUCUCAGGGGCGAUUUGAGGAGGCAGAAAUAAUCAUCCGCAAGGCUGCCAAAAUGAAUGGGAUUGUGGCACCCUCCACCAUCUUUGACCCGAGUGAGCUACAAGACCUAAGUUCCAAGAAGCAGCAGUCCCACCACAUUCUGGAUCUGAUCCGCACCCGGAAUAUCCGAAUCGUCACUAUCAUGUCCAUAAUUCUGUGGAUGACCAUAUCAGUGGGCUACUUUGGACUUUCCCUCGAUACUCCUAACCUGUAUGGAGACAUCUACGUGAACUGCUUCCUUUCUGCCGUGGUUGAAGUCCCAGCAUACCUGUUAGCCUGGCUGCUGCUGCAGUAUGUGCCCCGGCGCUAUUCCUUGGCCACUGCUCUCUUCCUGGGUGGCAGCGUCCUUCUCUUCGUGCAGCUGGUGCCCCCAGACUUGUAUUACUUGGCUACAGUCCUGGUGAUGGUGGGCAAGUUUGGCAUCACUGCUGCCUUCUCCAUGGUCUACGUGUACACAGCGGAGCUCUACCCCACGGUGGUCAGAAACAUGGGGGUGGGGGUCAGCUCCACGGCGUCGCGCCUUGGCAGCAUCCUGUCUCCCUACUUCGUUUACCUUGGUGCCUAUGACCGCUUCCUACCUUACAUUCUCAUGGGAAGUCUGACCAUCCUGACAGCCAUCCUCACCUUGUUCUUACCAGAGAGCUUCGGUACCCCUCUCCCAGACACCAUCGACCAGAUGCUAAGGGUCAAAGGAAGCACACAGGACCAGAGAGACCUAAAACUAACCGAGGAGGAGAGGACCGAGCAGAUGCAGAAAACGGGCAGAAUCCCGAGACACACCCCUGAAGAUUUCAUCUCAUGAAGAUGGGACCUAAUCUCAGAGACAGAGUUCUACAAGAAGCCACCAGAGACACUUGGACAUCAUCUUUGUUGUGGGCCGGCUAGAGGGCAGCUGCCAGGUACCCGACUGGCUCUUUACCCUGGAAGUCUCCCAGAAGCUUUUCCUGUGGCUGUGUAGAGGGGGAGUGGGGGUACAUUCUGCACAUGGAGGACAGACUGCUGUGCAUGCAGCAUGAUCGCUAUCUCGCCGGGAUAGUCCGCUGAAGAGAUCUGAGCGUUUACUGUUCGUGCAGCUUUACAUUAGGAACAAAAGAGUUCUGAAAUUUCCAAAA